CGCUUUCUAUUCAUCUCGCAGUUGCAAGCGGAAGCAACAGGCUGCCUCGGAGCGUCUUGGGUAAGGCGAUCCUUUCCUUGUCGCUCGGUUACAUUGUUAAUGUCCCGGACCCGCUUUUAAACAGCAGUGGAGCUGCGCCCCGUUAGCGAUCGGAGCAAAACGGGGUCUCCAAGCGUAGUCUGGGUCAUCCUGGUAAACUACACAGCGCGGCUGCAUCCGCUGUGGUGUGUUGCUACAUUCCAGCCUCAUCUCCAGAGAUCCUCACUUACACAUGGCAGUCAUUGGCCUCAUCACAAAGUCUCAGGAGCCAGUGCCCUUGCAAAGCAUCUCCGUGGAUGUGGCGGUCCAAGGUUUUGUGGCUGAUGUGGUGUCUGAGCUUCGGUACAAGAAUGAAGAAAAGGCCACAGUGGAAGUUACCUUUGUUUUCCCUCUGGAUGAUGAAGCUGCUGUCUAUGCCUUUGAGGGCCUGAUCGGUGGGACACGGAUUGAAGCCCAGAUCCGAGAGAAGAAGCAGGCACAGCAAGAAUACGAGGAUGCCCUGAGCGAAGGACGGGGAGCCUUCCUGCUUGAGAGGGAGACAAACACCAGUGACAUUUUCACCUGCAGUCUGGGCAACCUUCCUCCCGACGGGGAGGCCACACUGAAGCUGCGCUAUGUCCAGGCAUUGGCUCCCGAGCCUGAUGGGGCCGUCCGCUUUGUCCUGCCUGCUGUGCUGAACCCGCGCUACACACCCCAGGGAUCAGAAGGGGACACCGUCACCAUGGGCAUACCACGAGUGCCCAGGGGAAAGCUUCCGUAUACACUCAGCCUCUGUGCCACACUGGAGUCCUCCCACGGCAUCAACCGGGUGGAAUCCAAAUGCACCCUUGCGCCCCUUCGCUUCACAGCAGAAGACCGUACUGCUGCCCAGGUCUCCUUGGCUGAAGGGCACCAGUUUGACCGAGAUGUGGAGCUGUUGAUUUAUUAUGAGGAUGUUCACAAGCCCAGUGCAGUCCUCGAGGCUGGGAAGCCUGGAGCUGCACCAGGCUCCUUGAUGGGGGACCCAGCACUUCUGGUCACCAUGUACCCCAGCUUGCGCUGUGCCUCCAAACCAGGCCUGAAUGCCACCGGGGAGUUCAUCUUCCUGCUGGAUCGGUCUGGCAGCAUGGGUUGCAGCACUGAUUCCAGCAGCUCUGAUGCACCACCACGUAUUCAGAGCGCCAAGGAGACCCUGAUUCUGCUGCUAAAGAGCCUCCCGCUGGGCUGUUAUUUCAACAUUUACGGCUUUGGAUCCACCUAUAACUCGUUCUACCUGCAGAGUGUAGAGUACACACAGCAGACCAUGUCGGAAUCUCUCCAGCGUGUGAAGGACCUACAGGCUGACUUGGGGGGCACAGAGAUUCUACAACCACUGAAGGCCAUUUACAGCCAAGCUUGUCGAGAAGGCCAUCCAUGCCAGCUAUUUGUGUUCACAGAUGGAGAGGUAUCUAACACAGAGGAGGUCAUUGCAGAAGUUCAACAUCAUGGCAGCUCCCACAGAUGCUUCUCCUUUGGCAUUGGCGAAGGAGCCUCCACAGCCCUCAUCAAAGGCAUCGCUCGAGCAGCCGGGGGCAGUGCAGAAUUCAUCACAGGCAAGGAACGCAUGCAGGCCAAGGCGCUGCAGUCAUUAAAGAAGGCCCUGCAGCCAGCAGCAACAGGAAUCUCACUCCGCUGGGAUUUGCCUUCCGGUCUUGAGGCCGUGCUCGUGGGGUCUGGCCCCCAGGUCAUCUUCGAAGGGCAGCGCAGCCUCAUCUAUGCCCAGAUCCGUGGGCAGCAUCAGUCCUCAGGUGCCUCAGAGGGGACUGUUGUGCUCCAGUACAUCUUCCAAGACCAGACCUUCACAGAGACAAUGAUGUUCCCCCUCCAGGCUCAAGAGAGUGACAGGCUCCCUGUACAUCGACUGGCGGCUCAAGCCCUGUUGCAGGAGCUGGAGGGUACUGGAGAGAAGGAUGAAGUAAAGCGGCGCCAGGCUCUGGAGACGAGCCUGAGCUCCGGGGUGGUGUGUUCACAGACAGCCUACGUGGGGCUGAACACAGCGCUGGGCCAGCCAUUGCAAGGCCCCCUUAUCCACCGAGAUGUCCCCCUUGCAUACUCCAUGAUCACAAUAAAUUCACAGAUAUGCCAUUCAGGUAACAGGAGGAGUACAACCCCCCUUGGUAUUCCAAUCAUGAGUUUUAAUUCAGGAUUCGGAGCACCGGGUAGUGUAUUCCCAAGCCCUCCUUUAGACUCAUUUGGUGAUGUAGACAUGUGCUGUUUAAAUGACUCAUUUGGUGAUGUAGACAUGUGCUAUGGACUCGGAGCACUGGGUAGUGGAUUCGCAGGCCCUCCUUUAGAUACAUUUGACGCGUGCAGUUUCUACGAAGAAGCGCCCACACCCAAGAAAGAGGAACCCCCUCUCUUGAGGCUGGUCUCUCUGCAGAAUGCUGCUGGCUCCUGGGUCCUCGAUUCUGGCCUGGCCGAUCUUCUGGGCCUGAGUGAGACUGAGAUCUCCAGCAAGGCACCUGGCCAGGUGACCCCCAAUGUGUGGGCAACCGUGCUGGCCAUCCUCUGGCUGCACUCCAAGGCUUCAGAGCAGAGUGAUGAGUGGCAGCUCCUGGAAGCGAAAGCACUCAGGUGGCUUCAAGGAAAUGCAGGGCCUUGGCUAGCGGACUGCGUGAAGACUGGCAAUGCCAUGCUGGGCAGCAGUGUGAGCCCCCACACUUUUGGUCUCUGAGCUCCUCUCUGUUCCUUAUGCCUUGAACUGGAGCUCCUGCUUCCCUGUCUCUUUUCAUAUAACCAGCUGCUUUUAUGGAGGGCUUGACUGAAUUCCUUGGAUGGUACUCACUCUCGUGCCUGAGAGUCUUCCUUGCCACCCUGCUGGAGCUCCCCCAUGCCUGGAUGCUGCUGCUCCUUCCCCAGCCGUGAGGUGCCUUAUGAUCCCGAGUCCUCUUUCCUCAGCACUCUGUGUGUAAACCUGCUACGUGGCAGGCUAAGUAGUCAAUAAGUCAAACUCUGCCUUUCAUAAGCUCUCCAGUAGAAAAUGCUUGGCUUUGGUGUAAUACGGAGCCUAAUCUUAAGCGAGUUGUAUAGCUUCUUUUCUGUGUACCAAAGAAUAGACCAUAUAAUGUGGCAAAUGGCUCAGAGAAAAAUAACAUGGAAAAUUCACACCCCUCCAUUUGUGUAAGUGUAUCUUUUUUUAAAAAAAAAACUUUAUAUGCCUGUCUUUUUCUCAAGGAUUUCAGGAUCCAAGGAGGUUAAGGACAAUGUAAAAACAACUUUAUAAAACAAACAUUGUAUACAAGAGAUAUGAAACCAUUAACGCCAGUCUAAAACCGCCUUAUGUCAUUUAUGUGUGGGUAUAUACUCCCUCUGCCAAGGGUCAGGCUGCCCUAAAAGUUCUCCCAAACUUCUCAGUUUCCCAGCCUUGUUAGGAGGGGAGGGGCUCUCCUGACAUCUUCCAGGAGGGCAUUCCACAGGUCAGCCACUGAAAUAGCUCGAGCCCAGACUGGCCGAAUGUGCCCAGGGUAGGGGAGGGUACUGACAUACCCAGCUGAGAAGAAUGAAGUAUACAAUCCCCAAGGCGCGGAGGGCUUUAAAGCAAACAGCAC